UGCAUUUCCUCCUAUCUUGUGCUACACACCCUUCCCCAUCCUCCCCUUUCCCCCUCCGCUUAUGCGCUCAAUCCAGGUCCUCAAGGAACUGGCACGUGGGUGAGAAAGAGCCACCGGGUAGACAGCGGGUGUGUGUGUGCGGGGGGGAGAUCUGUAGUCAGAGAUCCGAAGAAAAGAAUGUGUGAGGAGGGCCCUGGAUUUAGGGGAGGAGGACUGGAUUUGUGGAAAAGAGAGGAACAAGGUGGGAAGGCACAAAGGCAAAGAGGGUCAAACAGCUGUCUCUUCCCCGCCUUACGCUGCUCCACAAACCCACCAGCUUCUCUCUGAGGGCUACUUCAAAUGGACAGUAGUGGCGGGGGAAAAACGUAAAGGGAAACUGAGUCAGGACCCCGGCUUUCUCUACAUCCUCCUCCCGGAGCAAAGAAGAGGAAGAAGGACAGGAAAGGGACCCAGGCUCCCAGUCCUUCCAGAUGUGGGGGUCAGAAAUGAAAAAACACAGCUUCGGAGGGCAGUGGGCAGCCCCCUGGUCAUGGACCCCACCAGCAUCUGCAGGAAAGCACGGCGGCUGGCAGGGCGGCAGGCUGAGCUGUGCCAGGCCGAGCCAGAAGUAGUGGCGGAGCUGGCCCGGGGCGCCCGGCUUGGGGUGCGAGAGUGCCAGUUCCAGUUCCGUUUCCGCCGCUGGAACUGCUCCAGCCACAGCAAGGCCUUCGGGCGCAUCCUGCAGCAGGACAUCCGGGAGACGGCCUUCGUGUUCGCGAUCACGGCCGCGGGCGCCAGUCACGCGGUCACGCAGGCCUGCUCCAUGGGCGAGCUGCUGCAGUGCGGCUGCCAAGCGCCCCGCGGCCGGGCCCCUCCCCGCCCCCCUGGUCUGCCCGGCACCGCCGGGCCCCCGGGCCCGGCCGGCUCCCCAGACGGCAGCGCCGCCUGGGAGUGGGGAGGCUGCGGCGACGACGUGGACUUCGGGGACGAGAAGUCGAGGCUCUUUAUGGAUGCGCGGCACAAGCGGGGACGCGGAGACAUCCGUGCGUUGGUGCAACUUCACAACAACGAGGCCGGCCGGCUGGCCGUGCGGAGCCAUACGCGCACCGAGUGCAAGUGCCACGGCCUGUCGGGCUCGUGCGCUCUGCGGACCUGCUGGCAGAAGCUGCCGCCGUUCCGCGAGGUGGGCGCGCGGCUGCUCGAGCGCUUCCACGGCGCCUCGCGUGUCAUGGGAACCAACGACGGCAAGGCCCUGCUGCCCGCCGUCCGCACUCUCAAGCCGCCCGGCCGCGCCGACCUCCUCUACGCCGCCGACUCGCCCGACUUCUGCGCUCCCAACCGGCGCACCGGCUCGCCCGGCACGCGCGGCCGCGCCUGCAACAGCAGCGCCCCGGACCUCAGCGGCUGCGACCUGCUGUGCUGCGGCCGCGGGCACCGCCAGGAGAGCGUGCAGCUCGAGGAGAACUGCCUGUGUCGCUUCCACUGGUGCUGCGUCGUGCAGUGUCACCGCUGCCGCGUGCGCAAGGAGCUCAGCCUCUGUCUCUGACGCGCCGCCCGGCGGCUGGGGGGCCUCUGGACCCCAGCGGGGGCGCUGCCCAGCUUCUCCCGGCGACAGCCCAUCUCCCAGGCCUCCGGAAACUAAGAGGCGGCGGGGCUGGGGAUACACGCCUGCCCAGGAAGGCCCCAGGGCGCUGGAGAACCGCACCCCAACCCCCCCCCCCAACCCGCCAGGGAGCGCUCUGGAGGGCUUGGGGGCGGGGAGGCAAUGCAGUCUCUCUCGCUCUUUGGCCCCCAUAUGGAAACCAAAGAGCCAGUCUCUAGGCCUCUGGAUGCAGGACUCCUUAGAACUGCUGGCCAUGGGGUGGGUGGGUGAGUUUAGUAUCAAUAAAAGUAUUUAAACCAAUAGGACUGGGCCCACGGUUUGGGAGGGGGGCUGGCCUCCAGGGGGCUGACAUGGGGCCAGGCUUCCCAAGGAGUGCGUAAAGGAAGAUGGUUUUGACAGAACUAGCAUCUCAGGGGUCAUCCUUAGGCCCCUAUCUUCUCACCUUUUGGAUUAAGCUCUCCUGGCAACGUGAUGAAGAGUCACCCUUGCCACAUUUCUCCGGCCUGCCUCUUAGGAAGACCUAAGCCGUCCCUUUUUAAAGGAACAGACUGAACAGGUCUAGGAAAAGAAGCCCAGACAACUCUGGUAGUGUACUCAGCUCUCAGAUCAGCCCUCAUCUUAAUUCUAGGGGACUGUGAUGCCUUCAUCUGUCCUUCUGUUUCUGUGACCCCUGGGGGUAUUCGAGGGUAGAUUUUUAGGGCCACCCAAGCCCGUAGGAUUAAAGCACUUUAUAAACUAGAAUGUGAUGAAACAA